CCCGGGGGAAGCCGGGCCCGGUCGGGGCGGUGCCAGGCCCUGUCCCGGCCCCUGUCCUGGUCCCUGAAGCGGCGCUGGGCCGGGCCGGCGGGGAAAGCGGCGGGAGCUCGGCCCGGUGCCCGCCCGGCCAGGUGCAACCAUGCAAGAAAGCAUACGUUUUGCAUCAGCAGGAGAUGACAUUAAAAUAUGGGAUUCCUCAUCGCUGACUGUGGUGGAGCAGUUCAACCCACAUACACCUUCACAUCCAGUCAGCUCACUGUGCUGGGCCAGCAAUAACAGAUACCUGGCCACUGCUUCUGCUGCUGGUGAUAAAAUAGUUGUUUCAAGCUGUAAAAGCAAACCUGUUCCACUCUUUGAAAUAGCUGAAGGAGCAAAACAGACGUGUGUGAGCUUGAAUUCUAGUUCUUCAUAUAUUGUGAGUGGAGGCCUUGAUAGCACAGUCAAUAUCUGGGAUUUGAAAUCCAGAAGGAUUUAUCGCAGCCUUAAGGAUCAUAAAGAUGAAGUCACAUCCAUUGCAUAUAAUUGGAAUGAUGGCUACAUUGCUUCCGGAUCUUUGAGUGGUGAAAUUAUCCUACACAGUGUUACCACCAAUUUAUCAAGUACUCCCUUUGGUUAUGGCACCCGACAGCCUAUUCGACACUUGAAAUAUUCAUCCUUUAAGAAAUCCUUGCUGGGCAGCGUUUCUGACAGUGGAAAUGUAACUCUGUGGGAUGUAAAUAGCCAGAACCCAUAUCAUAAUUUUGAAAAUACUCAUAAAGCACCAGCCUCAGAAAUCUGCUUUUCUCCAGUCAAUAAGCUGCUGCUUGUAACUGUAGGUUUGGAUAAAAGAGUUAUUCUCUAUGACACUUUAAGUAAAAAGUUACUGACAACAAUAGUAGCUGAUUUUCCUCUGACAACAGUAGACUUUAUGCCUGAUGGUACUACUUUGGCUAUAGGAUGUUCCCGGGGAAAAAUCUGCCAGUAUGACUUAAGGCAAUUGACAUCACCAGUGAAAACAGUUAUUGCUCACAAAGGCUGUGUGAAAUGCAUACGUCUUCAGUUCAGUAGCACUUCUUUCAAGUCUAACCUUACAGGUUCUUCAAAUAAACCUGUAUCCAAAAGAGCAGAAGUCAAAGCUGGUAGUAAUCUUGGAGGAAUUCAAAAUACUGGCAUCAAAAACAUUGCCUCUCAGACAUCAGCAACAGUUUCCUCUCAUCUUAUGUUGUCAAAUGAGAAUAAGGGAGGAGAGAUUCUUCAGGAGAAAACAGGUUUACCCCAUAGUUGCAGCUUGGAUGUCAUUCCAUCUAAAGAAACAGAUCAUGGGAAAAGUGCCGAAUUAAAUAGUUUUGAUCAUUUGGGCCGAGGUAGUUUAGGAGAUAUGUUUUCUCCAGUCAGAGAUGAUAUUAUUACAAAUAAAGGGACUGAAGAUCUUCAAGGAAAAGGAAGUGGUCUGGAUUUUCAGUCCUACCUUGCGGGUUUGGAUUUUCUCCCACAGCUCCCUGCUGCCUUUCAAGUAAAAAGAAGCCCAGUGGGCAGUAGUGCACAAGGGGUACAAUCUAGCCCAAUAAAUGCACUUGUGGGGUCUCCAAUUAAAGAAGAAGAAGAACAUCCAGAGACUGACAUUAAGAAAAUAAGUCUUGGAAAACAAGAAACUAAAGAAGUCUUAAAGCAGGUUUCAAAACCAAGCUCAUCAAACAUAGAAUCUAUAACUUUAAGUUCUCCACCAUCAUCCACUCUUGAUACAAAUGAGAGACUAAUGAAGAAUAUUCAGGCCCAUCCUGCAUGUGAUCUACCAGUAAAUGGUACUACCUCAACAAGUCCAAAGAUAACAUCACCUGUCACUGCUGGAGUUGCAAGUUCAUUGUCAGAAAAAAUAGUAGAAACCAUUGGGAGUAGCAGACCAAAUGCACCUCUGACAUCAAUGCAAAUAAACUUCAUUCAGAAUAUGAUACAAGAAACAAUGGAUGACUUCAGAGAAGCAUGCCAUCGAGAUAUUGUGAAUUUGCAAGUGGAGAUGAUCAAACAAUUCCAUAUGCAGUUGAAUGAAAUGCACGCUUUACUUGAAAGGUACUCUGUAAAUGAAAGCUUAGUAGCUGAAAUUGAGAGACUACGAGAGGAAAACAAAAGACUGAGGACUCACUUCUGAUUUAUAUUGCUAAUUUUAUUAGCAUGAACUCACUACAGGUGGUGUGUUGCUUAUGACAGAUCGUCCAUCAUCACUGAAGUAUUGUUUCAAGACCUGCUAUUAUUUUGAACAUGAAUCUGUUCUUCUAACUAA